UCUCUUUUUUUAUUUUUUUUCAGGCUCAGUUAAUCCAUGACCGAAACACUGCAUCCCAUUCAGCAGCAGUUGUUAAGUGUGAUGCUGCUGCUGCUACACCUGAAAAAGUGCAAAUGACCUGGACUAAAGAAAAGUUUAUAGCUGAAAAGCACAAACAUAGAGAAACAAAUAUAACAGGUUUUAAAGAUAUCUUCAACAUGAAGCCAGAAUGGGGAAAUCUGAAUCAGUCAAAUGUGAGAAGAAUGCACACUGCUGUGAAGCUCAAUGGAGUAAUAUUAAAUAAGUCACAACGUGCUCAGCUAGUUUUAUUGAAUAUGCCUGGACCUCCUAAAAACAAAAAAGGGGAUGAAAACUACAUGGAGUUUUUGGAAGUUUUGACAGAAGGUCUGAACAGAGUUCUCUUAGUGCGAGGUGGUGGACGUGAAGUGAUCACCAUUUACUCCUAAUGCUGUUACAGAAUAUGAAAAGAUUAACUGCAGUAAUUUGAACAGUUGAAAAGAAAUUACCUGUGUACUUGAAAUGAUGUACCAGCUGAAUCUUCUGAUCAUGUGUUCUGCUUUCUUUCAAAGGAAUCUAUCUGAAAUUAUUUCCUACAUAGAUUUAUCUUUAUAGAAGAAAUUUAUAUAUUGUAGUAUUAAAUAAAUGCUGAGGAUCAGGAGGGUAUUUUUUAAAGCAAUCUUGGUGUCAGACCCAAGAAGGGAAAGGUAAUUUUUAUGGCAGAUGAAAUAACUAAUGUUUUAAAUGUGCAUAAUCAGAGAAAAACAGACAUCUGCAUUUUUAGUGACAUUAAUUGUAUUAUUUUGCUCCUACAAAAGAAUAUUUAAAUGAUGUUAAAACCUCCCAAGUUUAUCAAAAAAAUAUGAAAUAUUUCAGACAAGAAACCCUGGUCUUAUUAUUUUGUCCUUUUGACAAAUGCUGCUGUAGUGCAUCUGUGACUGUUGUGAUCACAGUUUCAUCUUAGGUCUCCUGGUUCAUAUUGAUUCAGAAAUAUGUACAAACAUUUGACACAUUUAAUUAUUUGACAUAAAAGGAAUUUGAAGGAAUUACCUGAUUUCAAAAUUGGUUAAAUAAAAAUUCACAAUUCAGCCAUUACAGACUACUAUAAUUCUUUUAAAUUACCCUUUGUGUAUGUUUAUCUAAACUUAACUUUGCUGAAUUUACUAAGUUAUAAAAAAUAUCUAUGACUCCCUUUGCACCGCUGCUGUGUAUGGAUAAUCUCCAAGUGGAAGUGAAGGUAUUCUACAUACCCUUUCACACACAGUUCCUUUCAUGCUUGUAGCACACUGCAUUCCAGUGAUCCCAGAGUAGUGAAUGGCUCCUUGGGGGCUAUUGCAUUUUGGAGCAGUCUGAGAACUGCAAUCAGGACUCAAGAAUUUUAACCAUCUCCUGUUUAGAUGUUGGACAUAGCAAGUGAUGGGGAAGAGAAUAGGGACAGUAGGGCAUUUAUAUAUCCUAUGUCUGUGAUUCUGCCUUGUGAUGGGUGAUGAAUUUUCAACACACGGCAUGCAAUAUUCAAAUUCAAAUGAUAAAACGGAAGUGUGGGAAAUAAGGAGGCUCACUUUGACGAGUUAAGUGUAGUCUUCUGCUUUAAAUUAAAUGCAGGAACAGUCACCCUAUUUCUUUUUAUUAUUUUUAUUUCUUGAAAGGAAAUCUGAUUUUCUGAAAACCGAGGUUUUUUAUAAAAUACAUAAAUGAAGAAUUUCUUUGUCAACUGAAUUGGGGGUAAACUAUUAAAUUUGUAGAUAUUUGUUUUAUAUAGUAUUUUUCAACUUUGUGUUAAUAAUACACCUCUGUGCAUUAUGACUGGCCAUAAAAUUAAGUUUAUAAAUUACAUCUUAAAACUAUUUGUAACUGCCCAGUGUUUGUUGAUAGUGAAAAUAUCUGGCCACAAAUAUUGCAAUAGUACCUAGGGACUAUAGUAGUUUAAGGGAUCUGGCAUAAUUACACUAAAGACAAAGUGCAAUGUGUAAAAUAAAAUAUGUUAUUCUGUGUGGGGAACAUAAUUUCAUGUUUUAAAUGAUAGAGCUGCCAAUAUAUUUUCAGUAAGUAGUUCAGCUAAGUCAUUUUUUCUACAAAUUUCAUUGAUGAAGUAUAUAUUCAGUCAUAGAUAAAAAUGACUUAUAAAAUGUAUUAAAGAAAUAUUCUAUUUGUCAACUCAUUUUACAUUUUGUUUUCUUUGUACAACACUAUCUACUGUUUAUAGUCUCUAUAAAAAAAAUUUUUUAACCACACUUAUAGCAAUCUUAGAAGUAAAUGCUGUAUGUUCCAGGCCCCGUUUUGAAAGAUUUCUUCAAUAGUUUUGCUGCAGUGUGUCUAAAUUUGCACAUUUUUUGUUUUAUGCUUUCUUUUCAGUUCUCUGGUUUAGAACAUUAGAGUAUGUUGUAGAGUAGUUAGGUGUACCAAAGCUCAUUCAAUAUUAUAACUGGAACACGCAUCUUAGAUUCCUUGUAAUAAUAAUCUGGCUAUAUCAUAGUUUAUAAAAAAUAUUUUUUUGCAAAAAUAUGAAGUGAUGUAACACUUUUUCAGAAUGAAUCUGAAUGUAUUUGUAAACGAGAAACAAUACCACUCAAUACAUUGGACAGAUUUAAUUUCCAAAAAUAAUUAAACAGCUAAAGAAAUUAUGUUUACUAAACUGUGAUGAAAGAUUGUGUUGAUGUAAUAUUCAUUAUGAAUAUGUACCUAAAAGAAUCUAGAAAAUAUCUGGUCUGAAAUAGCAGAAAGAAAUCCAUCGUCUCUUUGAUGCAAUACCAUAAGCUACUCUAGCCAUUAAUAAGAAUUAGGGGUACACAUCAAAGUGCAGCAUUUUUCAGUGUAUGCAAAUAUGGCUUUUAACUUAGUAAGUAUUUUUUUUUAUAAUAUGAAAUCCUUGAAACUAAUAGUUAUGAAAAUUAAGAAAAUGAAUCAUGGCUACAAGUACAUUUUGGUAUUGCAGCGUAAGUACCUGCCAGAUAACCCUGAGGUUAUUUUUGUUUAUACGAAAAUAUUUGCAAGAUCAUUAUCUUCUCUAUACAAAAUACUUUUGUAAAUGUUUAGAAAUGACAAUGUUUCCCUUUGUUUGUGUAAGUGUUCACGAAUAAAUAAAACUGUCUGAAA